AUGAAUGAACGAAGCAAUGAACGAGUUCCCUUAGCUGUAGUAAGCGCGAGUGUGCGCGCGUGUGCAUGCGUGUGCGCGUGUGCGCGUGUGCGACAGAGACAGAUAGCGUUGGGGGCGUGUGCAGGCGCGGCGGGCUGCACCCGCGCCUCCGUGGAGCGCAUGCUGGCCUUCGGCCGCGAGCUCUACGCCAUGAGCCAGCGGCUGCACCACGACCUCUACCACAAGGCGAUGCUCGAGGACGCGUUCAGUCUGCUGGCGUACAGCAACCCGUGGGACAGUCCCGUGGGGUGGCAGCUGGAGCCGGUGCGCAGGGAGGCGGUCUGCGAGGCGCUCAACUCUGCCAUCCUCGAGUCGCAGGGCAUGCAGUGGAUCUCGCCGGUGGAGGCGUGCGUGUCGCACUCGCGCGAGCUGCUGCGGCGCAUGGCGCGCGCCGCGCUCGGCGCCUGCGCCUUCGCCGACCUGCCCGCGCUGCUGCGCCGC